AUGCUUAAAAAGAAAGGUCAGAAAAAAAAUACUAAUAUAAAAGCAAAGGUAAAUUGUAAGAAGGAUGAAGAAAUAUGUAAUGACCUAAAGUAUAAGGAAAUAAAUAGAAGAAGAGGAAAAAAUGGAACUAAUUUAGGUAAUAAUAGAAAAAAUAAAAUAUCAAUCUUAUCCAAAGGAAAGAAUAAAAAAGAUGAUGGCAAUAUAGAUAAGGUUAAUAAUGAAAGUAUUGAAAUUAAAAAUAAUAAAGAUAAUGUUGGAAAUGGAUAUGAUAAGCCUAUUGAUCAUAAUAAUGAUAAUAAUAACAAUGAAUAUAAUAAUGACAAUGAAUAUAAAAAUGACAAUAAUGAUAAGACAGAUGGUUGUAUUGAACACGAUUAUAUUAAUAAAGAUAAUUAUAAUAAUGAAAACAAUGAUGAAAAUAAUGACAAUAAUACAAAUAACAACAAUGAUAAAAUUGAACACAAUGUGUACAAUAAUAAUAGUAAUAAUAAUUCUAAUAACAAUUAUUAUUAUUAUAAUAAUUUUAAGAAUAAUAUAAUACAAUCAAAGAGUCGACUCAGAAAAAAAGUUAUCACAGAUGAUAGUAGUAAUGAAGAAAGUGAUAUACUAAAAACUAAUAAUCCAUUGAAAGAAGAAUUAAGAUAUAAAAAUAAUAUUACAGAUGAAAAAGACAAUGAACUCUCUUCUUUUGAAAAUAAUAGUAAUGAAGAAAUUAAUAUAGAAAAAAAAAAAAAAAAAAAAUUUAGAAAACUUUCCAACAAUUUUAAUAAAGAUUUAGACCUAACACCAAUUCACAGAAAAAGAAUAAGAAAAGUAAAUGAAAAUAUUAAUUAUGAUAACAUAAGUAAAGAUACGUUAACCUUUAAACAAAUUGAUAAAAAUAAUAUUAUUCAUAGUUUAAAUACUAUUGAUGUCAAAGACCUUAGUAAUAGUAAAGACAUGUUACGUAAGGGUAUCAUCGAUAUAGAUAAGUUAUGUAUAGAUGAUAAUAUAUUAGAAAAAUCACUCUAUGAAAAAAGAAAAAAGAAAAACGAUUCAAAUAUAAAGUCAAAUGAUAAUAUAAGCUGUAAUUCUAAUUCUGAUUAUAUCAAUUCAUAUAAUAAAAAUACAUUUAAUAAAAAUGAAGAGUCUUAUUUCUAUGAUAGUGAUUAUAAAACCCCAAACACAAAAAAAUCAAAUGAGUAUGAAUUACACCUAAAAAUAUUCAACGAACAAAAUUUGGAUACAGAUUAUUUUAAUUUUAAUAGUAUAAGUAUGAAAAAAUCCAUUAGAUACUAUAUUGAAUUUAUUGCUCUCUCUUUAUUAUCUCCUAAAUACCAAUACAACCGAAAUUAUUAUAAGACCUCUGAAGGAGCAAAACAAAUAGAAAAGGAUUUGAGAGAAAAACAUUCAAGUCUUCAUAAAAAAUUGGUAAAAAAAGAAUCACUUCAAGAAUGUUGUAAUGAUUCGAACAGUAUAAUAUAUAGACGAAAAAAAGGAAAAAAAAAGACAAAAAAAAACAAAGAUGAACAUGAAAAUUAUUUUGUUUAUAAUGAUGAUGAAGAUGAAGAAUAUGAUGGAAAUAAUAAACUUGAUCAAAAAAAAAAAAAAAAAAAAAAGAAUUUAAAAAAAUUAUGCACAUAUAUUACUGAUAGUGAAUUGAGUCAACCAUCUAACCAAAAUGAUACUAAUUUGGAUAAGAACAAGAAUAAUAAUAAAUUUCUAAAAAAGAAUAAAAAGAAAAAAUAUGUUUUAAGUGAUAGUAGUUAUAUAUCAGACGAUGCUACUUUGAAUGAAAAAAAAAAUAAUUCAAACGAUGAAGUAGACAUAAGUUUAGCUAGUACAUCAAAGAAGGAAAAAAUAAAUAUUAUAGAUGUAGAUCAAGAAGAAUAUAAAUCAAGUUGCAAAAAUAAUGAUAUAUCUAAAAGUAAUAACUAUGAUAGGCUUAAUGAUUUGGAUAAGAAUAGCGUAUCUAGUAGUGUUAAUGAAGAUAAAGGAGAAGAAUAUACAGAGGAGGAUGAAUUUAUUCAGGACGAUGAAUAUGAAGAAGACGAAUACGAUGAAGAAGAUGAUUUAUCUGAUGAAGAUGAUGAUUAUAAUGAAGAUGAUGAUUAUAAUGAAGAAGAUGAUUAUAACGAAGAAGAUGAUUAUUAUGAAGACGAUCAGAAUGAAGGAGAAGAAUAUUAUGAUUAUUAUAAUGAUACAGGAGAAUGUAUGGAAGAUUUUGUUGUAGAGGAUCAUAUAUUUUAUGAUGAAGAUAAUAUAAAGAAAAAAUCCAAAAAUAAGAAAAAAUCAAAUCUUCCACAUAAAUCUGAUGAAAAUGUAAAAGUAAAAUUAAUUGAAAAAAUUAAUGAUGAAUUUAUGCAAAAUAUUAUUAAAGGCGAAAUGUUAAAUGUAUACGAAUUUAUAAAGAAUGAAGAAAAGUUUAGUAAUUAUGAAUUCCUAAAAAUGAUUUGUAAAAUAAAUAAAAAGAAAUCUGAUAAUUAUUAUGAACAGUGUAUACAAAAAAUUGAAAAUAAAAUAUUAUCAAAAAGAGAUCAAUUUGAAUCACAUCCAUUUCAAAAUAAUUUUAAAAAUAUUUUAAAAAAUUAUGCCAACAUAUUAAUAUUCUAUUUAGAACAUAAUAAAAUAUAUUGUUGUUGUUGUAAUAGAAAAUUAAGUUAUGCUUGUCCAGUUUUUUUUAUCAAACCAUUUUAUAAUUCAACAGAUUUGUGGAAUAAUAACUUUUAUAAUUUUAUGAAAGUAAAUAAUUUUGAAUGGUUAGGAUAUAUAUAUUUCAGUGGAUCAAGAAGUUCUCUUGAAAUUUUAAGUGACUAUAAACUUGAUGAAAACAAGAUGAAAAAGAUAAAAGAAUCUAACAAAUUAUUUAUAAAAAAUCAAAAUGAAAAAAGAAAGAAAACAUUAUCACAAAGUAAUAUUUCUAAUGUAAGUACAUGUACAAUAAUGAACAGUGAAGAGUAUAUAUUUAAUCAUCUAAAAGAAUAUGAAGAAAUGAAUGGAUAUAGAUAUAUUGGAAGUAUAGAUGAUAAACGUUUAAAAAGAAGAAAAAGAAGCUUUAAAUAUAAUUUUGAUUUUCAUUUUAAAGGAGGGGAAAUAUAUAAUGAGAGUUCAUUAAAUUUGGUAAUGAAAGACAUUUGUGAUAAAUUUUGUUAUUCAUCAGAGAAUUAUAUAGAAAAGGAUAUUUUAGUUUUACAAUUAGGUUCUUAUUGUGUUUCCACUGUAUAUUAUUGGCACGUGUUUCAUCAUUAUAAAUUUUUUUUUACGAAAUAUAUUUAUAUGAAAUUACUUGACAUAUAUAACAAAAAUAAAGAUAUAUUUAAAGAACCUUUAAUUUUAGCUUAUAUUCUAUCGAAAAAAUUACAUAAGGAGUUAUAUAGAGAUUUUAAAAUAUUAAUGAAUAUAGAUAUUUCACAAAUUCAAAAUAAAUUAAAUGAAUGUGAUUUAUUUAUAAAAUGA